CGCUUAAUUCCGCAAAUGCGCGAUUAGGAAUCUUCGCCUGACAUAUCGUUCGUUAUUGCGGCGCCAUGGGAUGUGUUUUCCUUCCAGAGUCCGGUAAAGCAUGCAUGUGCGAUUAUGUCAUUCGGUGGUCGAUUGAUUCCAGAUCUAUGAAAUCCUAGCGACCAUGCGAUUUGACCUCCCCGGAUAAUCUCUUUCAAGCAUCGUGUCAGCACGCCCAAUAGUGCACCGUGGAACACCCCUUCUCUCCUAACCUUGAUCAAUAGACUAGUGAAGAUGUCUUUCGGUAACUAGUUAGCCCAUAGGCACACUAGCAGCUUGCUUGCCAGCCCUGAGGAACCAAUUGAGAUUCCACAUCAUUUACAAUGCUCAGGUAAGGAUGAGAAAAGCGAUAUAGAACCGCCGGCCAGCUUCUCGAACAAACACAGCCGCAUCUAGAAUCCGCAAUCUGUAUUUCAAAAACAGCUCUUCUAACACUGCAGGUACCAUGGCUACAACUACUAUCGUUGUCCACCAAUAUCCCAAGGAAGUGCCACUUCUACAGAUAGAUUCCGAACUCAUGUCUGAAGAAAAACGUCCUUCCAAGCAGCCAGCGCCGUUUCGUGGCGAGUUUUCCUUUGUCAACAAGGAUGCUGGCAAUAUUGAUUCCAAAGAUCACAAUGCUGCCGUUUCCUGGCAUGUCAUGAAUAGAUACGAGCGAUGGAAAAGGCAAGAUCAAGCAAGAAGACUGCGCGCAUCUGCAAAUGUGCCAGUAGGGCCACUUUCGCCUCCGUCACAACCGCAGCAAUCUCAACAAUCAUCACAGCCUCAACAGCAGCCAAAUAUUCGUUCGCGGGGCCCGGCCCAAGCUGUACGUCGUACUUCCUCUCAAACAUCCCGACGGAGACGAUUAACAGAGCCUACGCAGGCUCAGUCAAUUCCAUCGGCCAAUCCGUUUAACUUCAACCCCUGGAUGGCAGAGCAGCCAUUGCAACUCGGAUAUCCUGGCAUAACCCCAGCUCAGGGCAUUGCUAUUGACCCCCAGGCAUCGUCCGCUUCUACGCCUUCUACUCACUCUGCAGUCAACGAGGAGGAUCCUUCCUCAAUGUUUACGUCGAUGAGCACUCCGUUGGAUCUUAGCGAAACACUAUUCGAAACCUCUGGUCUGUCUCUGAACCCACUCGUCAGCGGCUUAAUAAGUUACGCCUACGACAUGUUUAUUCCUCAACUGUGGCCUCAAGAAUCGACCAGAAGCCCAGUGACAUACGAAAUCUCGAAAUGCUGGGAUGAUACGACAAUGAUCAGUCAAGACACCUGCUACGCCAAUGCCUAUCUAAGCGUCCUUGCGGCGGCAAUGGCAAUCAUGACAAAUGAUGACAGCUUGACUUAUCAAUCGCGAUACUUUCAAGGUCAGGCAAUGGUGGAAUUGCGGCAGCGAGUGUCUCAGCCAAAUCCUCCCGAGCUGACCACCUUAAAGGCCAUUCUGAAGCUCUUCGCUUCAGAAACAUUGGUGGACAACACGGCCGUUGCCCGUAUGCAUCUCAAAAUGCUGCGAAAUUUAGUCAAUGCAGCUGGCGGCGUCCUUCUCAUGGAUUCAUGGUUCCGUGAAGACCUCCUUUCAAGCGAUUGCUAUUUUGCUCUCAAGUACGAAACUCGUCCUCUCUUCGCUGCACAGGAGUGGACCCCUGGACCCCUCAGCCAACCUUGGAAAGCACGACUGCUAUCAGCAGGCAUCUUGGGAGAGCACGCAGCCGGCAUCGAUCCUCUGGUUGAGCACCCGAUCAUGAAAGCAGUGGUGACUGACUUGCGCGAACUGUUCAAGACAAAAGAAUAUGUACACCUGCAUGAUGUGCCUGCAGAUGAUCAGCUCUUGAGAUGGCAACAACUCCGCAAAUUCGACUGUGUAGCCAGGAUUGCGGAUCAUCAUGUCAACCUAUCGAUCUACCCACACCUCUUUCAACGGCCCAUGACACAGGCUUAUUCAUGCAUCGCAACUGCCCUGAUGGCUUCACUAGUACUUGGUUCACCUGAGCCAGUGCGAUUCGGUCUCAAAUUGAUCAUCGAUCUUCGUGCGAAGCUGACAGAGAGUGAGUCGGACAGUAAUCCGGCAAACUACCGGCGACUUCGACUUUGGGCGCUGUACGUGGGCUCGUUGGCGGAAAAGGUGCACCCAGUGACCAUUGAGCACGACAUGUGGUUCACAAAAGCCUACACGGCACAAAUGGCGGAGAUGCGCCUGCAGGGUUUCGACGAUGUCAAAAAGGUGAUUAGACAUUUCCUCUAUUCAGAACGUUUGCACCAGGAGAUCGAGUCUGGUCGGCCGCAUAGGCUCGUGGAUGCUAAGCAAGGCCUCUACUCAGUGUGUGGUACAAGUUGGAGAGAACCACCACUGCAGCCAGAACUCAUGACUGGCAGUUUCGAGCCGGAAGAUUUGGGUGGUAUGCCUGUGGCCGCGGGCAAACAACGAGCAGAUUGAUACAAUGUAGCCGGAUAUGAAGGCGUAAGACAUAUAGGGCUUGGUUAUGGAGUACUUGACUUUCUUACAUUAUGGUAGGCCUUGACUUGGAUGCUUACGGAAGUCUAUAUCUUAGUGCUCUACCAUGGGUUACCUGCAUCGUUUUCUCAAUUUGUGAAAGCGGCAUCGAUGGUAGUGUGAAGAGCACACCAGUACGUACUUUGGUAUGGAGUUGGGGAGUGAACAACAUGUCAGGUUGUCAGGUACGAUUAGCUAAGAUUCAUAAAUGGAAGCAAUCAAAUAAGAUACUUUAUUUAGCAGAA